AUGAACUUUUUUCAGAUACUUCAUUCAUUGACCUUAUUUUUGAUGCACCAUAAUAUUCCAACAUCUACAUGUGGUUCCAGUCCAAUGACUUCUCUUCCUAACACAUCGAACACUCAUACUAUUAGUUCAUGUAUGGCUAAAGCUAUUCAAUCUUCAAGUCAGGAAAAUAUUAGCGCUAUAGGUAUUUCAGACGACGAUGAUGCUGGCUUGUUAGAUGGCGAAUUAUGGGCUCCACUAGCUGUUCGUGGUUAUCUUAGCAAAUGGACUAAUUUGUUACAUGGUUGGCAGGAACGUUAUUUUGUCCUGUCUGAUGGCUUUCUAACCUAUUAUCGUAAUUCAGAUGAUUUGAAUUUAGGCUCUAGAGGUUCUGUUCGUAUAAAAAAUGCCUAUAUUAAGAUUCAUGAAUAUGAUGAAUGUCGUUUUGAGGUACGCGCCGGUGAUGUUAUCUGGUAUCUACGUGGAUUAUGUCAAGAAGAACGUUAUACUUGGAUAUCUGCUAUUGAACGACAUCGUAUUGCUGAAUCAGGUUAUGGAUCAGAGAAAACUAUUCAUCAUCAUAGUUCUUUAUUAUCACUUAAUUCAACUCAUAGUCCAAGUAUUCAUUCAACGUCUAGUUUUAAAAGAAAUUAUGGAAUUAAAGAGAAAUUGGCUGAAAUGGAAACUUUUAAAGAGAUAUUAUGCAAACAAGUUGAUUCAUUGCAAGCGUAUUUCGAUGCUUGCAGCGCUAUUGUACAACAUGGUGGACAUGAUAAUUUAGAAAGGUGGCUUACUACUACUACUAGUGAAACACAUUCAACAAGAUCAUCAUCAUCCUGCUCUUCUCCAUCUUAUUAUUCAAAAGAUGAAACAAUGGAUUAUACUGUUACUCCUGAUGAUAAUGAUGAUGAUGACGAUGAUGAUCAUGAAGGUUUACAAAGUGAAAGAAGACAUUGUAAACAAAAAAUUUGUAAAUCUGUCAGUGCCAACAUCAACAAUGACAAGAAAUCAACAAAUGUUGAUAAAAUGACAAGUGAUCAAUGGCCAAUUGUAGGCGAUUCUUCAUCGGAGACAUUAUCUACUCUUCCAUCAACUAAUGUCAAUUCAAAGUCCACUGUUCGACAAUCAGACUCUUCAACAUAUCCACAUAAAACAACUGAUCAACAGACAAUAAUUACGGAUAAAGAUUCGAAUAAUGCACCACGAACUGGAGGAGGAUUUUUUUCACGUCUUCUCUCUUUUCGUAAUUUUGGCAAUACACAAACUAUUCAAACAGUUGUGGAAACAGAUAAUAUUGAUAUUAAAGAUGUAACAACAAAUGAUAAUACUACCCAACAUAUUGAUGUGAAAGAAAUAUCUCAAUAUCAACCGUCUUCACGUUUCAAUGAUUUACGUCGUAUACUUCAACAACAUGGUGGUCAUGCUAUGGAUUUCAAAGGUGAAGCUCACAUGUUUAAAGCAAUCACAGCUGGAAUUCUAACCAAUUUAUCACAUUGUAUUGAUAUAAUGCAACAACAUGAAGAAAAUUGGCGUAAACGUUUAGAACGUGAAAUAGAACGACGUCGUCGAUUAGAAGAAACACAAAAAGCAAUUAUACAAGAAUUAUUACAAUUACGUAAUCUGAUUGGUUUAUCAACAUCUAUUGCAACAACAACAACAACAACGACGACGACGGCCACCAGUCAUAAUCAACAAAUACAACAUCAUUAUUUACCAUCACAUGGAAGAUUUUUUAGUUAUGGAAAUAGUUUAGAUUUUAAACAUUUCUCAUUAGAUAGCUUUAAAGAAUCAAUGUCAAAAUGUAAUACUAUUAUUGGUAAUAAUGUUGUUAGUAGUAAUGAUAAUAUGAAUACUCUUAAUGGUGUCAAUGAUAAUAUUGUUAGAUUAGUUGGUCCAGACUAUGAAGAAGGCUUAAAUUCUCCAAUGCAUGAAGAAGAGUUUUUUGAUGCUAUAGAUACAGAAUUAGAUAAAAUGGAACAGAAUGAAGUACGUUUAGCUGCAUUGAAGUCGGCUAGUGAAGCAAUACGUUGGGCUAGAGCAAUGCCAUUUAAUCAUCCAUUAUAUAAUGAAUUAGAUAAAGUUGUAAAAAUGCAUAUGAAAAAUUUUGCCAGUACAAGAAUAUUUGAUUAUUCAUCAAAACUUUGUUCUGCUUCUAAUUCAUUGUCAUCAUCAUCAUCAUCAUCAUCGAAUGUCACAUUAUCCUCUAAUACAUGUGAUGAUAUUCAUUCACAAGAAGACGAUGGUAUCGACAGUAGUAGUUCUGGAAUUCCUGAAAAUUGGAGAAUUGUUGUUCAAGAAGGUGAUAUGAUUAUUUUUCGACGAGAACUUGUAUCAGAUGAUGGUGUUGUAUUGGAUCCUUUACAGGCUAUUCACGUUGUUCAUGGUGUCACCGCCCGCGAGAUGUGUACCUACUUUUGGGAUGUACGUUAUCGCAUGGAAUGGGAGUUCACAGUGGAUCACCCACCAGCUGUACUUGAAGUAUGCGGAGAUGACACUGUGGUUACACAUCAGGUAUACAAACGUGUUUGGCCAACAACUCAACGUGAUUCUUUAUUCUGGUCCCAUAUAUGUUCUGUAAAUCCUGUUCAAAUAAAUACUAGUCCUAAAUUAACUCAUAGAUCAAGUAUAUCUUCAGAUUCUCAGCAUAUUCAAAAUAAUAUUCAUCAAAAUAAAGCACAUCAACGUUCAGCAUCUAUGGGUACAUCAUUAACAUCUAAAGAAUCAUCAUAUUCACAAUCAUCUGAUUAUUCAUGUAAAGAGUCGUCAAACCCUUCUAAACCUUCAUCAAAUCAUAAUAAUUCUAAUAUUUUAGAUGGAUGGAUGGUUGUUAAUAUGUCAACAAAUUAUCUUUCAGAUAAAAUUCCACCAUCAUCAUCACCUACUAUACGUUUAGGUUUAGAAGUUGUAUUAUAUUGUCAAACAGAAGUUACUUCAUCAUCAUCAGAAACUUCAUCAUCAUCUUCUUUUAAUGAUUUAAGUAAAUUAUCACGUAAUCAAUUAUGUACACGUCUUAUAUAUAUGGCUAAUAUUAAUCCAGGUGGUUGGGUACCAGCUAGUGGAUUACGUUCAUUAGCUCAACGUGAAUAUCCAAGAUUUUUAAAACGUUUUAGUACAUAUGUAAAAGAACAAACACAUAAUAAAUUACCAUUAUUCUAAUGUAAUAUAGUUUCAUUAAUGUAAAUGAAGGGACAGCGAGGGACAGAAAGAGAGGGAGUGAGAGAGUGAGGAAGAGAGAGAUUGGAAAGAAUUCUUGAUGUAGCAUUUUCUUUUUUUUUCCCAAUUGUUUUUAUCUUUGAAUAGUUUAUGUAAAUCUUGUGGGAAUAUUUCGUUAUUAGCGAAGGUGCAUCGACUCUUUGUGUUUUGC